AGUAUCUCUAAGUUCGUAGCGACAACAUGGAGCCGGAAGAGUCUGUUCAGCAGGCGCAGGAUGCAAGAGCUCAAGUUCCUGGUAAUUACCAGCUGGAGGAGGACAGAGUGAAGGAGAUGAUUCGGGCGUGCUAUGAGGAAGGGAUUCUACCCACUAACAUCGAUUCAGGCAAAAUGUCGGUGGAAGGAAGAGAGGCUAAGUUCGUUUUAAACUCUGCGGUAGACGAGAUUAAGGUGAAAUGGUUGAAAGCAAGAACGGUGACUGUCAUAUUUCGAGAUGGCGCUCGGUUCCUUCCAAAGAAAGUGAAGGAGGAUUUGAUUAGAGCAUAUGAAGACGUUUGGAUCCGCGAUGAGACUUUUGGUGAGGGCUUCAAGAGAGGAAGAAUCAAGGUCGAGAGUCCUAAUAUCGUCUUAUACAUUCCAAGAUCUCAAGCUAUUACGGAUUGGAUGUUGGCCAAGCGCUCCGACUUCAUCGACUUAUCUAAUACGACCUACCGAACGGAGUUCAAGCCGUGGAUGACGCGAGUGGAGGUUCGGGAUUGGAGAAGAACUGUUGACGAAAGCAUCUUUUGGGUGGUGGCCGUUGGCAUACCGCUCGAUGAGAUGACGUUUAUUUAUGUGCACAUCGAAAGAGCAAUCGGCAAAAUUAUUAAGCAUCAUCAACCAGAGGCGGACGAGUCUAACCCAAAACUGGUCAACCUAAGGUUUGACCUGGAUCAUGCGGCCAAAUCUAAUAUGAAGGAUAAAGUAUGGGUUCAAACCCAUCAAGGAGACCUAUUGGAGGUACGUAUGGCGUCGACGGAGUCGGAGUGGUGCAGAAGAUGCUGUACCUUCUUUCACCUGGAGGAGAACUGCAGACGUCCCGAUGGGCGAAACCGAGGAGGUACGUCAUCAAGACCUCAACAAGCCUCGACUGCUCCUGGAACUGGGGUUUCUCCUCAACCACAAUACCAGGGCCCUCUUAGGGCGCCUGGUGCUUCGGUUACUCCAGUCGUAAAGUCAGCAUCAAAUCGGCAAGCGGCUUCCUCCUCGGCUCCAAACUCCAACAUGCAAGCGGUUGUUCAACCUGUUCUUCCACCAGGAGCUACGUCCCAGUUCAAUCCGGUGUUCUCGCCAGGAGCGGGUCAAAUCCUACAAGGAACUGUGUCCCAGAAUUUGGCUCCAGGCCAAGUUAAUCCGUGGGCGGCCUUUUUCCAGAAUCUGUCGAUGCAUCCGUUCAUUUGGCAACAAACUCAAGGCUUAGCUCCUCUGGAUGCUUCCUUGACCGGCAGCCCAUCCUUCGUCAACCUCCAAACCUACCCUCCAUGGACGCAAGCCCCGGGGGGACCAGGUGGUCAAGGCAGUUCUGGCAUGUCAGGAGGCCAGGGCUUCAAUAAUGCAGGAUCUUUACCUUCACGGGCGGCCGCCCUUGGCCCUAGUGGCUCUCGUUUACGGGGGAUGUCCCCUUGUAAACAACGAAGGGUGAGCGGCACAAGUGGGGUUGACAUUCAGGUGGACGAGGUUCGAGCGGAAUCUUCCAAAGUUUCCAGCGAAGGACUUCGAAUGGACUCCCGCAAUGGAGGGAAGGCGGCAUGGGCAAGCGCCACGGAGUUGAGAAAGCUACCUUGCAUGGUCGAGGCUGGGGCGAUUGAUAAUUGUCCCUCACAGGUUCCGAGCAAAGCGGUGCAAGUGGGAGUUGCCGAUAGGACGGGAAAGGGGUCAGGUUAUCCGCUGUGCGCAGAUGCUUUCAUCGUCGGUCCUGGCAAUAGCCCUACCGGGGGAGCUGGUCUUUGCACAUCAGCGGUGGCGACAAUGCCAGGCGGUUUCGCAUCAUCGCAGCCAUCACAAUCUAAAUCACGUCCUAAAUCAGAUGGGCACAUACGGAGAGGAGAGGAUUCCAUUCCUGUUGGACGGCCUCCGAACAGGGAAAAUGAAAAUGAGACCACUGCCACCAUCGGAGAUCUUAAUGCUCCUCUGGAAGGCCAGGAUGUUUCACAUAGUGCAUCUGUGGGGGCCGGGGAAGGUGGUGGGCAGACCGAUCCAGGCAUUGGUCACAAUGGUCGGGAUAUUGGGUUGGAUGGUGUUGCUUCUCAAGAUGAAAGUAAUGUGCGUGGCGGUGGACGUGGGAGUGAUACUCAUGUGGGUGGUGAUGUGGGAGGGUCAGGCGAGAUGCGGUGAAGGAGGCAACAGAAGAUGAAGAUACCUCUACAUCAUCCGAUUACACGGACAGGUUCUUCGCCCGGUGCACAUGCUCUGAC